UUACGACCGUGCAAUAAAGUUGGCAACUGGCAAGCAAGCAAAGCACUAGAAAAACUAGGAAGAGAGAAGAACCCAGUUGCAACACUAAUUUUCUCUUUCCCUUUUUUUGGACUUAUCCUUCUUUCUGCAACUCCAAAAUGGGUUCCAAAGGGGCAAAAAAUCUAGCACUCUCUUCAGCCUUGUUGCUCCUUUUGGUCGGUUUUGCAACCUCAGACAUCAAUCAAGACAAAGCAGAAUGUACGGAUAAACUUCUUGGUCUAGCUGGUUGUCUUUCCUAUGUUGGUGGCGAAGCCAAAGUCCCCACCAUGGAUUGUUGCUCUGGUAUCAAAGAGGUUAUUGACAAGAGCAAGAGGUGCCUCUGCAUCCUCAUCAAGGAUCGUGAUGAUCCUAGUCUUGGCCUCAAGAUCAACGUCACCCUUGCUUUAAACUUACCAGAUGUUUGUGAAACACCCACUAAUAUAACUCAGUGUGUUGAUCUUUUGCAUUUGGCACCCAAGUCCCAGGAAGCUAAGGUGUUUGAGGGGUUUGAAAAAGCCUUGACCAACAAAACUAGUCCCUCCCCGGUCCUUAGUGCUAAUAACACAACUGCAAAGGGAACAAGCACAAGCGCGAACAACAACAGCGGAGGUGGGUGGGGAAAGAGGUGGUUAGUGGCAGAGGUGGUGUGUGUGAUUUUACCGAUUGUUUUUAUUUCCCAUUUUUUCUUGUUCCUAGUUUGAACCGUUAUCAAGAGUAGAAGGAUGAUGUUUUAGUGGUUGUGUCUAUUUAUUAUUUCCCGGAUUCAUGACGUGUUCUGCAUAUAUAUAUGUUUAUGUUAUGCAAUUUGUGAUUUAUUUUUACUAGGUGUUGUACUGUCUGUUUCCUUUAGUUAUUUUUUGCCUCAGUGUGUGCCCA